AUGCAGAUUGACGAAGAGUUCUUCUGGACAGACUCUCAGGUUGUCCUGGCGUAUAUCAACAAUGAAGCACGAAGAUUUCAUGUCUUUGUUGCAAAACAUGUGCAACUGAUAAGAGCAAAUACAGAUCCCAACCAGUGGUACUACAUCGACACAGCAGAAAACCCAGCCGACCAAGCCUCCAGAGGUCUCCCUUCAUCAGACAUCUCUGCAACAAACUGGCUAUCAGGACCUAAGUUCCUACUCAGUGAGAGGGAGAUGUCAUACCUGGACCGUCGGAAUCUUCAGGUUAAUGCCGUGGAGCGCGUCACUCGCCUGCCACUAGUCCGUUCUGCUCUGCAGUCUGUGACCUCAGCCUACACAGAGGUCAAAGGUCGCUACCCACUGUUGGGUCUGGUGGGGGGCAUGGCAGAGAUUGGCGUGAGGAGCGUCUCAUCGGCCGCCAUGCGCAGCGCGACCCCUCUCAUCCAGACUCUGGAGCCUCAAAUUGAGGUUGCCAAUGAUUACGCCUGUGUGGGUUUGGACCAGUUGGAGAAGAACUUCCCAGUUCUGCACCAGUCUACAGAGGAGGUCGUGGGCCACCUGAAGGACGCCUUCUACCUGACGAUGGAUGACGUGCAGAUACGCGUUGUGGACGGGCUGGACGGUGCUCUGGAUCGCCUCGAGCAGCUGUCGGAUGCGGCGUGGGCCGCCAUGCGCGCGCUGCAGGCCUCUCAGGUCGGGAGGGUCGCCACCUCUGGCGUGGACGAGGUCCUUACACGCCUGGAGGAUGCCACCGCCUACUACCUGCCACUGCCGCCCACGCUGCGUCGAGAGUGGGAGAUGCGGGUGCAAGAAUAUGAGGAUGAAGAUGAAGAUGACGAACCGGGCAUUUGGACACGCUCACGGAGCCUCCUGCUGAGUUUGAGCCUGCAGCUCUACCACCGCCUGCUGAAACUCUAUGACCGGCUGGGAUACGCCACCAGGAUGAUGGGAAACACCGCCAACAUGGUGGGUCUUGGUCGUGUUCUGGACAUCCUUGGUACUCUUCUGCAGCACCUGCAGCUCCUCCUGGUGGCACUAGUGUACCGGGUGGAGUCCCUACGGGAGGUGUCCUUAGCACAGAUCAAACAUCAGGCAUCCCUGCUGGCAGACUUGAGUGUGGUGCAGGACAUUCGAGGUCUACCCGCCCAGACGCAGGUGAUCCUCACAGACCUGCAGGAACUGAGCAAGAUCCUGCUGCAGUUUCUGGUCAACUCUACACUGCUCUACAACAUGCUCCAGCAGCCCAGUGAACAGGAAGUAGAAGACUUCCUGAACCGGGAAGAUUUCCAGUCAGAGAGUGCAGUACACCGUAAUUCAUCCAACAGCCUCUUCCUCAAAGCUAUGGAUGGCCGCCAGCGCCGCCGUAAGAGUCUGUACUCUCGUGUCCGCCCAGGCGCCGGUGGUUCCGGUUUCUCCCUAGGGUCCAGCCCAUCCCCUGCCAAUGGCCGGCGGGGGAGCCUGAAGCAGGAGGGACUGACCCCGGAAAUGGAUACACUGUCAUUCCCUCCCGAAAGCCACUUCCAACGACGGGCAUCUUCCACAGAGCUGCUGUUGGCGCCCCUCAUGCAGUUUGUGUCCCAGAGCCAGAAGGCCUUCGAGUACCUGAGCCCCAGUCCUGGCGAAGACUGCGAAGCAGGGAUGGAAGAAAAUUGAGGAGCCCGUCCUGGUACAUCCCCCCACAGGCCCCCGACCGAGCCCAGCAGGAGGCACUGGGCCCUGCUUCGAGCCCACUGCCCCAGCUGGUGUUGGUCCCCCAUAGGGCCAUUGGCAGAUUGUUUUAGGGACCCUGUGGCUCAUCAGCACUGAUUUUAUUUUAAAAUCAAACACUCACCUUAACAACUUUAAUGUUGCCUCCUCACUAUAAAACAGCAAAGAUUCAAAUAAAGAAAAAAAAAUUACAAUUUUCCAUUUGGCCUCAUGCCGUAUGUUCUCAACACUUUUGCCAUGAGGGCAGAAAUUAUAACCUGAUAUUCUACAUUAUAACGCAUAGUUCAA